AUGGGGUUACUUUCAUUGAUUGUGUUUAGCACAUAUAGACUUGCAAUGUGGUAUGGUUCCAUGUUAGUCCUUGAGAAGGGAUAUAUUGGUGGACCUGUUAUGAGUGUAAUCAUAGCUUUUAUGACUGGUGAAAUGUCGUUGGACGUGCAAAUAUUUGUUGGAUUUUCACUGUUUGUUCCAAGUGGCACAACUAAUGCUUUGGUGGGUCAAAGUGGAAGUGGAAAGUUUACUGUGAUCAGUUUAUUGGAAAGAUUCUAUGAUCAUGUUGCUAGAGAAGUACUUAUAGAUGGUGUGAAUUUGAAUAACUUGCAACUUAAAUGGAUAAGGAAUCAUAUUGGGUUGGUUAGUCAAGAGCCUAUAUUGUUUACUACUACUAUCAGAGAGAACAUAGUGUAUGGGAAACAAGGUGCAACUGAUGAGGAGAUAACAGCGGAAAAAACACUUGCUAAUGCGAGAAAGUUCAUCGACAAACUGCCUCAGGGCCUUGACACCAUGGCGGGACAAAAUUUGUGA